CCUGCAGGGGCAGCAGCUACUGCCGUCUCUGCAGCUCGGUGGCCAGGGGUGGAAGGAAGCCGCAGCCGCAACCCCAAGUCACCCCCCGCUGCCCUGUCCCACCGCCUCAUCUCUCCCCCCUCGGGUCCUUCCUGGAAAUGGUGGUUUGACCUUAGCUGUCCUUGCCUCCAUAACCAUCCUGCUGACGUUCCCAAUGGCUGUUGAGCUUUUUGGCUGGGGAAAAAACAAACUCUUUUCUGGAAGAAAGUAUUAGGGACCACCAACAUCAGAAAUCCUCUGGGCAGCUUGCUAGAAGUACAGAUUUCUGGCAUCCACCCAGACCUAUUGAAUUGGAAUUGUUGGAGAUUGGGACCAAGUUGUUUCUUAUGCACAUUAAAGUCUGAGGAAAAGGGUAAUUUAUCACUUCUGAAUGUGCAGAACAUUGGCAUUCUCCAUGAGAAAAGUCAACAUUGAAUAGUGGGCAACAAUUUUGGCAUCUCUCCAAUUCAUCUCUUAGUGUCCCCUUGUGACUGCUUCGUAAGUAGCAGUUUUGGCUACUUGCUCAUGACACUAUUUUUCUGAUAACAGAGGAAACCUACUGUCUGCCCAUUGGUUUCCAGUACUGUCACUCAAUUCUACUUAGUCUCACUUGAUUUCAGAAGAGCCAAUGGAGAAGUACACAGAAUCACCACCUACCUUGCAAGUAGAGCAUUCCUCCCUUCAGACUGAGAAUCUGAUUCUACAGCCACAAAUACAGCGUCUAAAUGAAGAGGGCUCUGAUCUGAGGGGCCAAGUCAUGCCUACCCUGGCUACCGUGAUGAUGUCUGUACCCCGCUCACUUGAACAUCUCUCUCAGUUUCACCAUGACCCUGCCAACCUCUCAAUAUUUCUUGCACAGUUGACAACUCUCAAGUUCCCCAGUCCUGCAGAUGAUGUCCAAGUCAAGUUCUUUUUUGACUACCUAUCUCAGCAGAUGGAAAGUUGUGGAGUCAUAUUUGGGCCUGACCAGAGCUCUCAGCAGAAACAAUAUGAGAACUUUGUUUUUGCAUUCCAGCAAUCACUUGGUGUGCCUACAAAACAGGAAAUAGACCCUCUGAACAAGGAGGACAACUCCUCUCAGAAAGAUGCUUCUACUUCUGAGCACCUUGCUCAAAAUAUGAGCUAUAAUGAAACCAGUCAGAGUGAUCAUUUCCAAGAAGGAAUAGCUGACUCCAUCCAGGAUGAUUUGAGUGGCACAGAUAUGAUGGAUAACCUUCCAGACCUGAUCACUCAGUGUAUUCAGUUGGACAAGAAACGUAGUGACAGGCCAGAGCUUCUUCAGUCAGAGACACAGCUCCCAGUGUUGGAUUGCAUGAUCCACCACCAAGCCUUUUCCAUCCCCACAGAUCUGCCACCCAAGGAAGAACCUAUACAGUUGCGUGGAAGCCAGCCACCACUCACUCCGGCCAAAAGAGCCCGCCAGCAAGAAGCUCAGUUGUGCCUCUACUGCAGCCAGGCUGGUCACUUCACAAGAGAUUGCCUUGCCAAACGUUCUCGAGCCCCAGCAAGGAUAAACAACCCAACUCACCAGUAAGAGAGCAGGUCACAUUGUAAACUUAUCUCCCUCUCACCUCCAGCCUUAAAAAUGUAUAUCCUGCACUAACAUUUAAAAUACAGGUGAGGAACUGUGAUACCACUUCAUAGACUGUCAUGAACUCAUGUGCUUCUGGAAAUUUAAAUAACUAGAUUUUGUUCAUUUGGUCACCCAUCACCAAACCAAACCCAACCCAACAAUGAUGAAAACAACUCACAGGCACUUUCUUCAAUUGGAACCAAUUCCCCAAGAGUACUGAAAGUCUGUAGAUGAAAGUCUAGCCAGUCUGAGCCAAAUGAAAACAACCCUGGACGUGCACUGAGAACCCCAUUCCUUCCAAUGGGUGAGAUCUAGGUUGAGUUUGUUGGCUUAAGUCUUCUGUGCCUAAGAUUGGGCCCAAGACUUUCACCCUAACCCUCAUCCGUCUGUAUUAUAGUUCCCUGUUGGUUUAGGACCCUUGAAUUCCUGAUUGCAUUCCAUAUCCUACCAACAUUUUUCUACUGGAAGCUGAAACCUGCUCCUACCUAUUGACUAGAGUCCAGCUUCAAUACAAACCAAUCUUCAUGGAAACACAGCUCCACUACUAUUUCAUACAGCUGUGUAUUUUGUUGCCAUUUAAAGACCUCUACUUGCUAGAAAAAGAAAAAGAAAAGAAAAGAAAGACAGAAAGAAGAAAUGAAAAGAGAAGGAAAAGAAAAGAAAAAAAAGAAAAGAAAAGAAAAGAAAAAUACCCUCGAUCUCUUAACUACUGACAAACCAGAUGGCUUGGCCAUUUGAAGACUGAUUGGAAUUGUUGGUCUAUUUCCUUGAGAACUAGCACUUCAGGCACAUACAUGUUUUUAGCCAAGCCCAACUAAUUCCAAAUUACUCUUCUCUUUCCCAACAACCUACUUCAGGUUAUAGCAUGUCUAAUGGCCAAGUUUAAAUGGUCUAGGAUAAUGACCUCUGAAAAAUAUUAACAAAAGUUGGGGAAAGAAUCUUCACCAUAAUUAUUAUGUCUACAGCAUGUCUUUGCUGUCUUACCUGGCAGGUAAGGGAGCCUGGUUAAAUAAAUCUCCACUGAAGACUUAGGGUCAGGCUUUGUAGUAGUUUAUGACCCUAGAGGUCUCAAUGUGGUCACCAUUUAGGAUCACUACCAUUGAUAUUGAGCUCUGUACCCUUAUGGAUCACCUCUGGGGAUCCUCAUUUAGUUGAGAAUCUUGAAAAGCAAAUAAUGACAAACAACUUUCUGAACCAUCCCAUCUGACAAAUCCUGGGGCAUGGACAUCAACACCACUGACAAAUAAAUCUUAAGAAGAAGGGGUUUGAUUGCUUGUGUUGUGCUCUUCGCACACAGGCACACACAUCAGCUCUGUAUGGAUUCCUAAUGCUUCUGAACAAAAGUAGUGUCAUGCUGGAGAGACACAAUUUUCUAAACUAUUAAAGAUAUCCAGUAACAAUUGAUGCUUGCUAGUAAUAUUCAGUCCUCUGUUCCUUGUUUCUUGGUGCUGAUGUAUGUCCCUAUAAAUAAUUGAUUUCCUGAAGAAAGAUCAGUAACUCCAUAUUCCCUAGCAGCCAUCAAGACCUCUCAGAACAUGAAGUGUUAUUGUACUUUGGCCUUGUUCCUGAAGAAUUAUGCUAACUUUGACAAUACUUAAACCCACCUAGGACCUUACCACUUUCAUCCUAUAACUAACAAGUAGAUCAUUGUUCCCAUCAGUGCCUCACUAACCACUGUGCCAAUUUUAAUUUGCAUUUACAAGGGGUCUCCUUUAUUAACGGCUUGCUAUACAUCCACCUUACUCCAUAUGUUCUCACAAGGAGACUGGAAUGUUCAUAUUCCAUUUAUGCCAAGAAAUUCUCACUUUAGUACUGGGAUUGUAGGAAAGCCUCUAACAAGUAGAUUUAUUUAAACUUUAAAUGUCUCUUGGAUUACCUGGAGGUAUCCUGAUCUAGCACCCUCAAUUCUAUAACAAGAGAGUAACCCAACAGCCUUCAGUCACUUUCCUUACUGACUCCAGUAUGGUCUUGGAAUGUUUCAUCACCAAUCUUUCCUUACCUUGGGGACAUAAUUUGUCAUUAUGUGCUCUCUCACAAAGAGGCAUCACCUUAUUUCCUGUUUGGGCCUUCUCUCUGCAGCAACAUCACCUUUUUCUCCAAGAAAUCUUCAGAUUUGAUAGCCUCUUGGAACAGAUAAUUAAUUCUGGGCUACUAAACUUCCCAUUUCUAGAAGCUCCUUGUUGAGGAAUUCCCAGUCAAGGAAUUCUUGUGUUCUAUGUGAUACAAUCCAACAAUCAUACUGAGCAUAGGGAUGGGGUACUGAGAUAAUGCUUUACUGUCUACUAGCUAGCCAGAAUUGUGUUUAUCACUUAAAAUUUUUGUUAUAAUGACGCCAUCCACUUCAUCUAGAACAAACUCAUUAUUUAGCAUAAAGAGAGCUACACAGAUAUCAGAUCUUAUACCUAAGUGAACUUCUCUGAGAGUGAAACUAAAAUCUACUGAGAA